CAACGAUCGACCAGUCUCCCUCCACAAAAAAUCUCAUCGCCGUUUCACUUUUUCCCUUCAUCUCAUAAUCCGUUCCCGGAAAAAGAGAUUAACUUUCAAAAACCCAGCAAACAAAAUUCGCUGGAGAAGUUGUCAAUGGAGGGUUACGUACAAUACCCUAAAAUUCAUAUCGAUGACUACCGCCCAAAAUUCAUCCUUCCCCCGGAUUCUCCUAAAAAGGAGGAAGACAUAGAAAAUAGUAGCAUGAUGCAUACUGAUAUUCAGCAAGGGAAGCAGCUGCCAGAAGGCAAAGUUGAAGCACCCCAAGAGGGUAAGGCUAAUGAAAAAAGUGGUAAAUAUUUUUAUUAUGAAGCACCACUCUCUGAAGAAACUGGGGAUUGGAUACCUGUCUCUGUCCCACCCAUGUCUGAAAGCCAAUGUGAAGAAUGGAAUAAAGAAGGUCUCUAUCCUAAUCGGGGAUACUUUCCUAAUGAAGAUUUUGGUUGGGAUCAGUUGAAGUGUGAUAGUAAGGAGCUGACAAUGUGGGAUGUAGUCACAGAAAUGUUAAUAGCAGCUCAAGGGAAAGUGAGGGCUAUUACUUCGGGUGAUGUACACAGACAGAGUGUUACCUGGAUAUCCAGUCCUCUCCUUGAGCAGGCCUGGAAAGAGAUGGCUCAAACUCUUACAGAGGCUAAUUUUGGUACCAUUAGGGAAAUUCUUGAAGCAGAGCCACCAAAAUGGUCGCCUGACAGUGCUGCUUCUGCUUGCAUGCUAUGUAACGUGCGGUUCCACCCUAUCAUGUGCCCUCGUCACCACUGCCGUUUUUGUGGUGGAAUAUUCUGCAAUGGAUGCUCAAAGGGAAGAUGUCUGUUGCCCAUAAACUUUCACAGUGGGAAUCCGGAACGUGUAUGUGACGUUUGUUGUGUUCGGCUUGAAUCUGUCCAAUCAUAUUUGAUGGACAAAGUAAGUCGUGCUGCUCAGUUACCAACCCAUGAUUUGACAGAUCUCAGCACUUUAAGAUCAUGGCUCAAUUUCCCUUGGAGCCAGUCUAUGGAAUAUGAGAUUUAUAAGGCCACAAACACCUUAAAUAGUUACAGUAAGGUUGGUUAUUUGAAGCCUGAGAAGUCCAUACCAGCUGCUAUUUUGAAACAAGCAAAAGGCCUUGCAAUUCUCACUGUAGCAAAGGUUGGAGUUAUGGUAACGUACAACAUUGGGACAGGAUUAGUUAUUGCCCGUAGGGAAGAUGGAUAUUGGUCUCCACCAUCUGCCAUUGCUACCUUUGGUGUUGGCUGGGGACCCCAGGUGAAGUAAUUUUGUCCAGAGUGGUUUGGCUGCUUAGCUCUUAUUUUAUUUUAAUUUUUUAUACAAUUUUCUGUUUAUGUUGAUAUUUCAUUUGCUAUUUCUUCCCUCAUGGACUUUAUAAUGUCUCAUAGAUUAAAACGUGUGAUUUAUUUUAUUUAGUGCUAGAGAAGUCAUCAUUAACCAAAUUAAGGUUUAUGUUGGUCAUGUCUUUUUACUCACUACAAAUUUUAACAGGCUGGAGGUGAAGUUACAGAUUUCGUAAUUGUGUUGAGAACUAAAAGUGCUGUUAGAACAUUCAGUGGAAAUGUGCAUUUCUCAGUGGGAGCUGGUUUGAGUGCUGCUGUUGGCAUUGUUGGACGUGCUGCUGAAGCUGAAUUACGUGGCAACACUGAAGGUUAUGCUGCUUGCUAUACAUACAGUUGCAGUAAAGGUGCAUUUGUUGGUUGUUCUCUGGAAGGAAGUAUAGUCACAACCCGCAACCAAGAAAAUUCUAGAUUCUAUGGUAACCCUUCCAUCAAAGCAUCUGAUAUUCUUCUAGGAUCGUUGCCAAGGCCGCCUGCUGCUGACAUACUCUACCAUGCCCUCUCAAAUCUAUUUGAAUAGCUUUAGAGGUGCUUGGUUCUAAUUUUCAUUCGAAGAUUAAAUCCAUUUGAGGAUUGGUUCUGACUUAUGUAGAUUAAAUCCAUCAUAUGCAUUUCUUGUUUACAUUUUACUUUAGAAUCCUGACUGAUCUAGAAGUCCUUGUGGCCCAAGUGCCCACUUAUGUGAUGUAAAGCACAAUCUCAUGUUAGUGAUAGGUGUGAGGUUUGACUCCCACCCUCAUAGUUAAAAAAAAAAAAACGAAAAUUCUGCAUACAAAGAAAUGUGGAAAAAUUGAUUCGGUUGUAUUUAAGUUCAAGUAGUCACCGUUCUCCAUGUGAGAAGUAAGGUGAAACGCAAUACAUGAUCAUCAAGUCG